UUAUUACUGUACAUAUAUUUUCAUGCAUGCAUGGCUUCCUUGUACAUUUCUAGGGCUGGCAAGUAAAUUUAAAUUAUUGGUCUAAAUAAAAUUUUAUUCUUACAAAUUAUGUCCCUAAGAAAAGCAAAUUGUAAUUUUAGCUGGAUUUUUUUAGAGAUGACUACGUUGGUACAACUUGAAAAAAGCACUCAUCUUGCUCCGAGUUCACGACCUGCUUACCAAUGAAGCCCGUGCCUCGCUUCUCCUCCACCACACCAAUGUCGUCACUCCGCCUCCGCCUCCGCCUCUGCGCCCGCCACUGCUCCUCCACCUCGAAACCCUCACGCCGCCGGGGCUGGGAUCCCCACGCCGCUUUCGCCGCCGCCGCGGAGCGUGCGCGAUCUGGCAACCUCACCCCGCAGGACGCACACAACCUGUUCGACGAAUUGCUGCAGCAUGGCAAUCCUGUCCAGGAGCGCCCCCUCAACAACCUUCUGGCCGCCCUCGCCCGUGCGCCGGCAUCUAACACAUGCAGAAACGGCCCUGCACUCGCGGUCGCCCUCUUCAGCCGCAUGUCCCAAGGUGCCCGCCGACGGCUCGCGGAGCCAACGACCUGCACCUACGGCAUCCUCAUGGACUGCUGCUGCCGCGCACACCGCCUGGAUCUGGCCCUCGCCUUCUUUGGCCGUCUCUUCAGGACGGGCCUGGAGGCAGAGCAAUUCGUCUUCAACACCCUCCUCAAGGGACUCUGCCACGCGAAACGGGCGGAUGAGGCCUUGGAAGUGCUUCUUCACAGGAUGUCUGAGCUGGGCUGCAUCCCCGAUGUGGUCGCGUAUAACAUGGUCAUCCAUGGCUUCUUCAAGGAAGGCCAAGCAGGCAAGGCGUGCAGCCUGUUUCAUGAAAUGGCGCAGCUAGGCGUUAUGCCUAAUGUGGUGACAUAUACCUCAGUUAUCAAUGCGCUGUGUAAGGCCAAAGCAAUGGACAAGGCAGAGUAUUUCCUUCGUCAGAUGGUUGAUAAUGGCGUUGUACCAAAUAAUGUGACAUAUAAUAGCCUCGUCCAUGGAUAUUCCUCUUCAGGCCAUCAGAAGGAAGCGGUUAGGGUGCUAAAAGAAAUGACAAGUCAGGGUAUCAUACCAGAUGUUGUUACUUGCAACACGCUCAUGGCCUCCCUUUGCAAGAACAGAAGAAGCAAAGAAGCUGCAGAAAUUAUUGACUACAUGGUCGUGAAGGGCCUGAAACCUGAUAUUGUCUCGUACAGUAUUCUGCUACACGGGUAUGCCAACGAAGGAUGCUUAGUUGAUAUGACUAAUCUCUUCAAUUCAAUGACUAGAGCUGGUAUUCUCCCUGACUGUCACGCUUUGAACAUACUGAUUAAUGCAUAUGCUAAAUCUGGCAUGAUGGAUGAGGCUAUGCUUAUAUUUAAGGGAAUGCGGAAACAGGGAGUGACUCCAGAUGUAGUCACCUAUUCCACGGUAAUAGAUGCAUUUUGCAAAAUGGGUAGCUUAGAUGAUGCUAUGGUGAAAUUUAAUCAGAUGAUUGACAUGGGAGUACAACCGGACACCGCUGUUUAUCGUUCCCUAAUUCAGAGUUUUUGUACACACGGGGAUUUGGUGAAAGCAAAGGAAUUGGUUACUGAAAUGAGGAACAAAGGUAUGCGUCCUCCUGAUAUUAUGUUCUUCCAUUCAAUCAUGCAGAACCUAUGCACAGAAGGAAGGGUAAUAGAAGCACGGGAUAUCCUUGAUUUGAUAGUGCACAUUGGUAUGAGGCCUGAUGUUUUCACAUUUAGUUUACUGAUUGGUGGAUACUGCCUAGUGUGCAAGAUGGCAGAUGCAUCGAAAAUAUAUGAUGAUAUGAUGUCAUAUGGUUUAGAACCUUCUAAUAUGACAUAUGGUAUACUUAUUAAUGGCUAUUGCAAAAACAGAAGGAUUGAUGAUGGGCUGAUUCUGUUCAAAGAAAUGUUGUGCAAGGGACUUAAACCUACAACUUUUAAUUAUAACGUCAUACUGGAUGGAUUAUUUCUGGCUGGGCGAACUGUUGCUGCAAAGGAAAAGUUUAAUGAGAUGGUUGAAUCUGGAGUAAGUGUGUGCAUCGAUACAUAUUCGAUAGUUCUUGGUGGACUUUGUAGAAAUAAUUGUAGCAGUGAAGCCAUCACGCUAUUCCAGAAAUUAAGCACAAUGAAUGUCAAAUUCAAUAUUGCAAUUGUCAAUAUCAUCAUUGGUGCAUUCUAUAGGGUUCAGCGAAACCAAGAAGCCAAGGAUUUGUUUGCUGCAGUAUCAGCCAAUGGUUUGGUAGCUGAUGUCUUUACCUACACCAUAAUUAUGUCAAAUCUUAUAAAAGAAGGUUCAGUGGAAGAAGCUGACAAUCUCUUUUCAUCAAUGGAGAAGAGCGGCUGUACUGCUGAUUCUUAUAUGUUAAAUCUUAUCAUCAGAAGGUUACUGGAAAAAGGAGAGAUAGUCAAGGCUGGGAAUUAUAUGUCUAAAGUUGAUGCAAAGAGCUACUCACUUGAAGCUAAAACUGUGUCGCUGCUGAUCUCUCUCUUUUCAGGGAAAGGGAAAUAUAGAGAACACAUACGGUUGCUCCCUACAAAGUAUCAGUUUCAUGAAGAAGCGGGCACAGUUGAAUAGAUUGAUACAUGGAAAUUCAGUUUAGAAGAAGCUAUCAGGAUGAAGUAAAUAGUAAUCAAGCGUGCACUGGACAGAAGAAGCAGCAACAAACUGAAGAUUUAUAUCCUGCCAAUAUCCAUGGCUUGGCUUCACAUGGAAUCGAGUCAACCAACCCCUGGCGCGGUUUCAUGUGGCUCCACUGAAGGUGCAAUCCUUUCUCGGCCAGUGCACCCCUUGUCAGCGCAUGCGUACCCCUUCACUCUUGUGUCUGGUCUGAGAAGGAAUUUCAAGAAGCUGAGCAGGAACCGGAGCUUGACCGGCUUGAGAUCUACGCCGUCAAAGCCAGAUUAAGGUUAGUUAAUCAUAACAUGGUACUAGAAAGGUGUUUUGUUGAGUGUUGCGGUGGCUCCUGAUGGUCUGGUUAGGGUGGUGUGUGAAGAGGCAGAAUGCAAAAGUCUGUAUAAUAUCUGCUUGUGUUGUUAUUUUUGCAGCUUCUAGUCUCUACAGGUUUAUUUUAGUGCCGGGCUCCAUUUUUUUAAUUUUUUUAUUGAGACAGCACCAUGUUGAUUUUAUACCCUGUAACUUUGCUUAACUAGAUCAUGCUGGUGUUAAGGCUGGGAAUCACAAUAUCGAUGGCCUCAGCAUUUUUUCAGCAGUUUAACAAAACAUACUCGGUGUUGUUCCUUUUUUAUUCAGUGCUCAGUAUAUCACGGCGGUAUGACUAUAA